AUAUGAAGGUUUUCUUAGCGCACUUGAUAAUUAUCGACCACCAAAUCCUGAAACACGAAUGCCAGCCAGAGACCACCGGCUAUCGAUAGAGAAGAGAAACCAUCCAUUUAACCCCGAUGUUGACCCGUGCCCAAGAUGCAGAAAGACCGGCCACAUACUGCGAAAUUGCCCUCAACCUGAUCAGCGUACUUGCUUCAAAUGUGGCAAGCAGGGCCACAUUGCCACGCGGUGCAGCUCUCAGACUACGAGACCUACAAACUUUGAACUCGACUCCGGUAUCAAAGAAAUCAAGAUGGUGCAAAACUACAACAAUGCAUACAAAAAGGUGGCUAAAGUUAACGGUGCUUACGUCAAAGCGUAUUUGGAUACAGGAAGUCAAGUAAAUGUCCUUUCCAUACAAGUGUCGCGAUUGUUGGACCUUAAAGUUAUUCCAACGGACGUAACACUGAAAGGGUUCUCCGGAGGUAUGAUUACCAGUCGUGGGGUAGUUGAAUUCCUGUUAGAAAUCGAUGGAAUACAAACCCGUUGUAAGGCUCACCUUACCGACACUAACAUGGAUGGCAUUAACCUACUCAUUGGCCAACCAGUCAUUAAUGCCGAAGGAAUAACGAUGGUUGUCUGCAACGGUACAGUAACACUCAAGGAAGAUACUGACUUUUUGAAGCAAAUGGAUGUUUCUGAAGACUGUUCGAGAUUUGAAGUAGUCACCGCUAGCGAAGAAUGUCUACCGCCUGGCACUUCCAUAAUCAAGGUUAACGUGCUUGGUAAUACAGACAACAACGAUGUCAUCACGAAGCCUCGCCACUUCGAAUUACAAGACGUUUCUUAUUCGUUGCCGGCGACCCUCCUCCGUGGUGGUACGGGAUACAUCAAGGUCGUCAACACUGGAGCGGAGGAGAUCAAGUGGCAGCCAGGCGAGGUGCUUGCGAGAGCUGAUACUUGCGAGGCGCCACCACCAUCAGAUGCUCAGGAUGGCCGACUGUAACGGCCAAUCACAGCGAGCCUGCCAGCGCCAGCCAAUGGGAAGCGUUCCCGCCAAUGCCAGCCAAUGCCAAGCCUCUCCCCACCCAACCACGUGCCAUGCCUGUCAGCCGAGCGAACUUUUGGUGGGGGGCAAGCCUUUAUAAUGUCGUGCGAGCUCAUUUUGAUUAUUAUUUUGUACUGAUCACUUGCUAAGCAGAAACUCUGUUCGUUUGAAAAAUAAAAUAACUAUUCAUCAAGACAUUACUUUUUAUUUAUGCCACUUUACAAUUACAUAACCGAAACCAAUAAUUCCACAAAUCAAAUUAACGUAAUAAAGAAAUAUGCCUAUGGCAGAAAUAAUGAUCUAGGUCACAAAUAUCACAGUCCCUGAACCGAGAGAACGUCCGUCACAGCCAAGCGCUCGAGCAAAGUGUCGCGGUGCGCGGGGCGGCCGCUUUCUCGUGCCUUCCCUCUCUAAGACAGAGACAACAGGAUCGAACGAUAUGACGUCACGCUGACGUAGCGGGUGUUAUUUCUAAGAAUAUUUUAUUACAAAAACCCCUGUGUAAAUAUUGUACAUUUGUAAAAAUAUAUUUUUAUUAAACAAUAACAAUUCAAUAUCACUUUAAAUAUAUCACUUAAAAUGUUAUUCUGAUUUAAAAAUACUCAGUAACAAUAACCAUGCACCAUCAUUAUUAUACAAACUGUAAGGGAAAAACGCAAACUUUUACAGUAAUGUAGAAAAGUAGGUACUCCAUAAUACUUUGCAAGUUAAUUGUCCAUUACAUUCUGUAUGUUAUACAUAUAAAAUAACGUUUUUAUUUCUAUUCACAUAAGUAUCUUUCCAAUAACUCAUUUAUGCUUACAUUAUGUACUUUGAGUAUCACUAUAAAAUAAUUUUCCAUUUUUGUAAAACUUUCAAUUGUGAUUUUAAGACUACAUUUUUGUUCUUAUUUACCACAUAAUAAAUAUUUUUUUAAAAUUAAUAAACUCAAUAUUUAGUUAACAGUUUUGGUAAUUCGAAAAUGUCAUACGUAAAAGUAACAUCCACCACAAUACUUAUUACUAAUUAUUUAUUAUAAUUGAUCUAUUCUUAUAUUACUGGCAAUACAUUAGGAAUGUUUAUUGUGAUGACAAGGAACAUUUUUAAACUUCAUUUAAGAAAAGUAGGUUUGAUUCGAUUGAUUUUAAUAUAAAAAAUAAUAGCAGCGUUUUACGCCACGCCUAUAUGAUUUUAUCGAGGUAAUUAAUAUCGAGUACAUCAUAAAAUGUAUAGUACGAAAUACAUCCUGAUUUAUCUUAUUCUCUCCACAAAGUACACAAUAAAGCCUCGAAAGAAUUGUUGAUAUUGAAACGUAGUACACUAUGUGCUAUUUUGUUUUCAAGCGCAAAAAAUAACAGGAACGAUGUUCUGUAAUUAGAGUGGACUGGUAAUUCUAGAACUUUGCGACUUAUGUACUUCUUUUUAGGCGUGACGUCAUAUCUUAGUCCUUUUUCCGUAAAAAAUGUUGACAGCUCAACAGCCAUCUGAUGCAAAAAGUACUUUACAGUUUGGAGGGAACGUAGGUGCGCCAGUGGAUGACGUCACGCCACCAGGCGGGCCGGCUCAUGGACUCAGGG